UACAGCAUGCUUACUGGUGUUGUGCGUAUCCUCUUCACGCUGCUGCAUGCUGUAAGCGUCUCAAGAACUGUAAACACUGCCGUCGACUUAUAAUCAACCGUUGAAAAGUCGAAUUUAAGAUUACCUUGCUCCAACACAUGUGUGAUGCGAAACAUUGAAAAUAAAACAUCGUAGUUGAUACAGAAAUUCACGCCAACUAGCCGACGCAAGCCGUUCAGUGAACAGAUCGCACACGCGCAUUACAUAUAUAACCGCGCAAAAGUUUUAUAAAUUUACAACCAGUAGACAAUUGUGCAAUUGAGUUCCGCCAUAUAUUAACACACAGUAACUCACACAGAAUCGUACUCUCACCUGCGGUAUAAUGUUGAGAAUAUUUCGUUUUAAUGACGUUUAAUUCAACUGUCAUCCGACACGAAUGUUUAUGCGGACAAUGAACUGAGAAAGCGAUGCAACUUUAAAACAAAUGAUGAGUAAUAUGGAGCGUAUCAAGCUAUUUGGACAACCGCCCAAAGUUUGGGAAGUACUUGAAAAAAUAGGUAAGGACGGAAAGCGGAAAAAAUUCACGAUUCAAGAGAUUCCUGAGGACAGAUACGAGGAAGCUGUUCAACAUAUGUGCACAUACUACUUGGCUGACGAACCGCUUUGCGCGUGUUUCAAUCUCAAAAAUACUCCCUUAUGCGUACAAAUCAUGAGUGCAGUGUGGCGUCAAUCGCUUUCGCUAGGUAUAUCUGUAGCAGCGUUCACCGACAAUCCCGACGGCGGAAAACCCAUACUCGCGGGUAUGAACGUACUUAUUAUUCAGCACAAACAGAAAAAAGACGCCACUCCAAAAAAGUGUUCAAUGGACAACUGCCAAUUUAGAUUCUCGGAUUUGACUGACAUAGUGUGCGAUCGUUACGGAAUAGACAAGUAUCUGUACGCUUAUGGACUCAUCGUAACACCGGAGUUUCGAGGAUACGGAUUAGGCACGGAUAUUCUAAAAAUCAGGAACCACGUCGGUCGCGAAUACAAUAUCCCGGCAACGUCUACGGUGUUCACGUCGAUAAUCUCGCAAAACUCAGCGGCAAACGCGGGAUUCGAGGUAUUCCUGGAGAAAAAGUUCAGCGACAUUGUCGACGAAAACGGAAAAAAACGUUUUCCUGGUGUUAAUCCUGACAUAUUUAAAGUUAUGGGAAAAAGAUUGCUUUAACUGUACGCACAAAAUAGUACACGAUAAAAAAUUUUAAUAUAAAACAUUUCGACAAUAAAAGAGAAUAUUUUUAAUAAUAUUGAGAUUGACGACAAAAUAGUUUGAAAAGUAGCAACUUUUUAAACUCAUAUUGUAAAUUUACGCGCAUAUGUGAAAUAAUGUAACGUGACGUGUUUUACCAUUAUGAACGUGCGUGAAAAGUAUUAUUUGUUAUUAGGUGUAUCGCUCCUUGCGUUUCGAAUUAUUUUUCUUGGUAACGCAACGUUACAAACGUUAAACCGUUUUCAAACGGUUUAAUUGUUGCAGCUUUCCUCUCACUUAGUCGCAUAAUUUACAUUUUUGAUGUUACUUGUGUAUGUAUGUUUUAUAGUUUUCACAAAUGGUUUUACUCAAUAAAGCAUCAUCAGUAUGACCAGCACCACUUUGUUUGUACACUCAGAUCAAGUAUGUUUUAUGUACACGUUAAAUUACUCACAAUCAGACCAAGUAUGUUUUAUGUACACGAACAUCAAUGAACAAGCACCUUUUACUUUAUUUUGAUUCGAAAACAAAUUUAGAUAAUACUUUGUUCGGAAACAGUGUUGUAUUGUUCUUUACAAUAUAUAGGUUUGCUAUUCAAACCUUAUUAACAAUCAUGUA